UGGUCCUUUCCGUUCAGCCAGUGAUGCUGCUGAUGUCACCGUUGCGCGCUGAGAAGCGGAGCUGCGAACGCUGGUGGUGAUGGCGCCCGUUGCACGGAUUCCCUUGGAGUGCAUUUAAUUUUUUCUCUUGACAACUCAAACACGACAAUGGACGGCAAUGUCUUCCCUGAUCAAGAGCAACUGCUGGGGUUUCUGAAAAAGCUGAAAGAAGUCUUCGACGUUUGUGACGAGGAUGAAGACGGCUUUAUUCGGGUAGAGCACCUCGUAGACCUUGGACUUCAGUUCGGGCAGGGGGAUGAGGUGAAGAAGUUUGCCAAGUAUCUGGAUCCGAAUGCACACGGCAGGAUCAACUUCAAAGAUUUCUGCCAUGGAGUAUUCGCCAUCAAAGGCUGUGAAGAGAUCCUGAAAACAGCUCUGGGGACGCCACACGUGGACUCCCACGCCUAUGAGACAGACAAUGGCUACUACUACCAGCAUGGCGAGCAGGGCCUGGGUGCUCCUAUCAUCAUGUGCACGCGCCCCUACCCUGAGUGCCAGCUGUACCCGCAGGAGGACGGCUUGGGCGGCCGUGAUGCCCACGAGUCUGAUAUGGACAGCGCCGCUGACAGUGGAGCUGGCUCGGAAUCCUCAGACGGUGGUCGCCACGACGACAAGGAUGAAGGGCUAGGGGGGCUCUUCCUGCCGGGAAACAACUCCGGUCAGCUGAUCCCCUCAGCUUCUGCGUCCGUCAUCUCCAACGAGGAGCAGUUUGAGGACUACGGCGAGGGCGAGGAUGUGGACUUCACUCCCAGCAGCCCCUGCCCUGACGACGAGACACGCACCAACGGCUUCUCCGACCUCGGCUCCUCGCUACCCUCCAGUGAGGGUCAGACUCCUCAGAAGAUCCGGCACCUGUACAACAGCGAGCUGCUGGAUGUCUACUGCACCCAGUGCUGCAAGAAGGUCAACCUGCUGAAUGACCUGGAGGCGCGACUCAAGAACCUGAAGGCCAACAGCCCCAACAGAAAGAUAUCCAGCACGGCGUUUGGACGGCAGCUCUUCCAUCACAGUAACUUCAGCAGUAGCCAGGGCAGCACUGAGGACCUGUUCAGAGACAGCAUCGACUCCUGUGACGUGGACAUCACAGAGAAGGUGAGCUACCUGGAGAAGAAGGUGACGGAGCUGGAGAACGACAGCCUGGCCAACGGGGAUCUCAAGUCCAAACUGAAGCAUGAGAACACACAGCUGGUGCACAGGGUCCAUGAGCUGGAGGAACAGAUUAAGGACCAGGAGACUCGGUCCGAUCAGAUUUUGGAGGAGGAGCUGAAGAGACACAGGGAGGCCCUCAACAAGAUGGAGAGGGACAAGAUGCAUGAGCUAGAGCUCCUUGGCAACAGAGUGCUACAGUUAGAAGAUGAGAAUGGAGAGAUGAAACUGAACGUCUGCAGACUGAAAUCUCAAACAGAGAAACUGGAUCAGGAGAAGCAGCGUAUGACAGACAAACUGGAGGACACCAGCCUGCGCCUGAAGGAUGAGAUGGACCUGUAUCGCAAGAUGAUGGACAAGCUGUGGCAGAACAGACACGAGUUUCAGAAGGAGAGAGAAGCCAUGCAGGAGUUGAUAGAGGACCUGCGUCGGGAACUGGAGCACCUACAGCUGUUUAAGCUGGAGUCAGACCGCGGCCGUGGGCGGACCUCAGCAGCUGGCCUAUCAGAGUACAACGCCAAGACCCGUGAGAUUGAGCUGGAGCAUGAGGCCAGACGCCUCAAACAGGAGAACUUCAAGCUGCGGGACCAGAACGAUGACCUGAAUGCACAGAUCCUGAGCCUGAGCCUGUAUGAGGCCAAGAACCUGUUCAGCUGCCACACCAAGGCCCAGUCUCUGGCUGCUGAGAUAGACAAUGCCUCCAGGGAUGAGCUUGUGGACGCUCUGAAGGAACAAGAGGAGAUAAACUACCGCCUCAGACAGUACAUGGACAAGAUCAUCCUGGCCAUCCUGGACCACAACCCCUCCAUCUUAGAGAUCAAACACUAGAGCCCUCACGUCUGUGCCACCGUUCAGUCUCUCACGGCUGGACAUACAGCGCCCUCUGCAGGCUGGACACAUGAACUGUAUCACAUACUGGAUUUACAGAAUUUGCUGUCAGUGACCACAUGGUACCUCUCAUAUGCCCACUUUUGAGUUUUGGCAUUUUUGUUUCAUCACCACGCAAAUCACUCAUUGGUUGAGAUGACGUAAACAGAGAGACUUCGGAGUGAAAGGGAACACAACUGGAAACAUUCAUUCACACAUGACCUGAAUGUUCACUUUCAAUUUUUUAAAAGUUAUGUUUGCAUACACUACCUCUAGGUACAUAGGUCCAGCGCUUUCACGAGCCUGUCGUGUAAUGUUUCACGUGACCACUAAAGAGCGUGUGAUGUGCUAGUUCUCUCUCUCCGUCACUGACAUUGCAUCGUAACAAAAGGCACACAUGUUAAUGUGACGUGGAAGCUCCCGGGCGGUUUACGGGGGAGUAUGUAGCAUUUUACUAAGCGAACACUGUUAGCCGUUAGCAUGUGUGUUGUGAUUGUGUAGUCCAAAACCACAGCUUGUUAGCAUGCAUGAGAGAGGGCAGAACUGUAGUCUUAGAAAGGCAGAGGGCGAGUUUACUAGGGUCCUCUGUGGUCAGGUUAAGAACAUGACGGGUAAAUAGCUCUUUGAAAUGAAAUUCGUUAUUACUGUGUCUUAGACUCACAUAAUGACUCCUAAAUUUGAUCUAUGUGAGUAAUUAGUGCAGGAACCGGAAAUAAAUAUGUGAAAUAACGGAGUGAGCAGGUGGAGUGGCAUAUACCUCGUUCCUCCACACUAGGCUGUCAUGCUGCUUCAGUUCUGGAGAUAUCAACUUAAAAGCUCAAUUUAAAAAUAGUCACUAAGCGUAUAGUGGUCCAAAACACUAAUUUAGCAGUUUGGUUGCAAUUCAUAGAAAUGGCCAAAUGUGACCUGACUCGUCACAAUCUAUCCCAAUGUACUACAGAUUUAGGCUAGAAAACAAAUGCACAGGGAUCACGUGUAGUCACCCACGCUGAAGCACAAGUGGAUGAAGUGGCCAUACAGGGACAUGUUUUCGUACAAGAGUACGCAUUUGGAGUUGUUGACUCGUAUGUAUACGAAGGACUUGGGGGGAAAAAAUGGAAUUGACAGAAAAAUAUGUACUUUAUUUUGUGGCAAAAAAAUGAGUCAAAAGGUUGUAAUUGUAUAAAAUGGAAAGGUUUAUUUUUUCAUACAGAUCUAUAAAUAAUGUUUCGAGGGCAAGUCCAGUGUCGCGUGAUGAGCCUGGGGCAGGAGAUUCACCUGUUUAUGUGAUGGAGUCAGAGACAUGUGUGAAAGAACAGCAACGCUGAGUUUGACAGACCACUCGCAUUUAGUGGGCAGAGAGGGUACUCUGCUGGGGUAGUGACAGGAACUAUGCCCGUCUGGUGCCUACGCCAAGUGUCGUAAAGGCCCAGCUCCCCCUCAUUGUUCUGUAUCAAGUAUUUGAAUACUCCAGAUUGAAUGGUCUCGGCUGCACUUGGAGCUAUGACUAAAGUGUGAGAUCAGCCAACUCCAUAUAGGCAGAGGGUAAGAAAUAUGGCUGGGCAGUUUAACUUCGUACACCUUGUAGCCCUCUCUUGCAGUCUCAGUGGCUGUGGAUGUACCACCUGACAGUCAGUGGGAAUAGUCUUUAUGAGUGACAUAGCCCACUGAUUGUGCUGCCAGGUUCCAUAAACAUAUUUAAACUGGGAAUGAAUAUCAACAAAGGGAAGCCCGCAAUUGUUGUAACACUUGCAAACAAACAAAAAAAAAACAGAACAAAAAAACAACAAAAAAAAACAAAAAAAGAAAUGUCAUUAAUGGUUCAUAAAUAGGGUUCAUAAAUGAUGCUACAUAAUCACUAUUAAGAUAAUCACUCUGUAGAAUAGAGACUGUAGUUGUCGGGGGUAACAGCCACCCUUGGCGGUACUACAUGAAAAUAUGUAAACUGUAGCCUACAUGUCAUGAAUGGAUAACAGUUCCAGAGUAACUGUCUCUCACCUUUUUGCCCUAGAUCUUAUUGGAUUUACUUAGACUGCCUGCGGCUCUCUGCGCACCACAGUACUUUAGGCAAGCGUAGCUAGGGAAAUACUACUAAUACUGGUCUAUUCUGUAUGGUCACAAAACUAGUUUUGCCUUGUUGCACAAAUUGUUCUGAUUUUGAUGUUGAGCAUUUUCUUUGCUUGGUCCCUCUGAAAUGGUUUGUGUGCCUUUUAAAAUUUUAAUUGGCUUGAGUCCGUGUUUGUUUUACUUUAUGUUUACUUUUGAUCCAAUUCAUCUGAUCAAUCAUAGAAGCUUUUUUAUAUACAUACAGUAUCUCUGUCUUAACUUGUCUGAGCAUUUUUCAUAAAUUGUAAAUGUUGUACAGAAACUAGUUAAUAUUUGUAUCGAUGUGCCCUUCAUCAGACCUACUAAAUGAAAAGGCUGUCUUUUAUACAGUUUUAUGAUACAAUACAACAGCAAGAUAUCAGUAGAAAUGUUAUGUGCAAACAAGCAUUGUAUAAGAUGUUCAUUUGACACCAUUUUAUUUGGCAAUACUUUAAAACACGGUCAGGCCUAUGGUCAUAACAAUGCGAUAGCAGUCGUCCAAAAGAGUAGAGUCUAUUCAUGGCCUUCGAUAUCAGUGCCUGAGUAUUCAAAGUUUAUUUAAUGAUGCAAGCGGUACUCCGCAAGUGGUACCAUGCAGACAUCUUGCUGCAGUCACGGUGCAGCCUGUGCAUGCCCUGCAACAAACAUGGGCAGAUGAGACACCAGACAGCCCAGCAUCUCCAAAUGCAGUGUCCUGCUAAUUGCAUUUUCUCUAAGGCAUUGUCAAAUAAGAUGUUAGUUUUUUUCCUUCCCCUUAAAGGUUAUUUUUUUUUGUUUCACAGAAGAAUGCUAGCUCACCCAUUGCAUUGUUUGAUUGACAUCAUGGCAAUGCUUGAAGCUCCUUCGUGUCUGUCACCCCCGUGAUAUCUGGUUUUUAGAGGUCUUCAUCUGCUGUCACUGCUUCUAAAAGAAUAAAGGAGAUUUGUGCCCCAUAA